AUGAAGCGUAAAGAGGUAGAACCGAAGCGUAAAGAGGAGUUCGACAUCGAUAUUGACGCGCUUCUCGCGGCGGCGAGCGACGACGACGAGCUGGAUGACGGGGACGAUCUCGAGGAGGGCUUGUGGGGCGGACGCAGCCUGGAGGAGAUCCUGAAUGACGUGUCGGAUGACGACGAUGACGUGGCAGGUGCUGGCGUGGAAAGCUUGGAAAAUACACCCGAGUUUGGCGUUUCUGUUCAUGAUUCGACAGUUGCAGCAGCAGUUCUACCUUCUAACGGGGAUAGCAAUCUUUCUCUGACUGUACCUCGUUUAGAGUCUGCCCCUUCUGUAAGAGAGCAGCCAACAGUCCUUCUAGGCCCCUCUUCAGCCGCGUCCAAUGGCUCGUUGCCACGUGGCCCGGGUGGAUCAGGAAGCCCUGGAAGCCCUCAGUCUUUGGACGGUCGAGAUCUGUCGUUCGGCCAGUGGGAAAACGGUAGGAUGGAGAUGAACCAGGGAAAGGGGAUCGAAGGCCAGCUUAAAGGGGUGGCAAUAAACGGACGCAGCCUGGAGGAUUUGCAGGGGGAGGAAAGUUCCGAUUCCGUUUCGUUCAAUGCCAUACUUAGACCGACUUUUGUGCUGCAUGGUGCAGAUGAGCGUGAGGAAAAGGGGGCCAGGAAGGAGAAGCAGCAGGGGGAGGUGGAGAAAGGUGGAGUGGGGAAGGAGGGCGAGGGGAAGGAGGGAGAGGGCAUGCGGUGUGAUGUGCGGGAGCCGUCCUUUGGGCAGUGGAAGAGCAGUGACAACAAGAGGAGUGACAAUAAGGGAGUAGGUGUGAUAAUGAUGAGAGAGAUUCGUGACACAAUUGAAGGGGACGGAGGGGUGACAGUUGGCAGAGAAACCCAGCAACAACAGCAGCAGCUGACUCCCACAGACGUUCCAGAAAGGGGAAUAGGAGGAGGCAAAGCACAACGGGAGGCAGGAGGAGAUGGGGCAAGGGCAUUAGCAGCAAGAGGAGGAACAGGAAUUGAGAGCGAGAGAGGAGGAGGAAGAGGUGAAGCGAAAGGGGAGGCAGGAGCAAGUUGGGUGGAUGCAGUAGGUUCGGCAUCCUUAGACAGCCCCCGAAGCUCGGGAAGCAGAGCCACGGGCAGUAGCUUCGGAGAUUUGUCUGUUGUGAGCGGGAAUUCCUGCCCUGUGAGUGUGCUGGGUGGGCGGGGCAGUGCGGCCCUAUCUGGCGCGGGGAGCAGUGGGGAUUCUGCUUUUGGCGGAUCAGCUUUUGGAGGGCCAGGAGCAGCGUUUGCUGCAGCAGAGGUGGCAGCAGCUGCAGCGGCGCAGCGCCGAGCCCUCUUGACCCAGGCUCAGGGGCUGAAUCAAGGAGGGUCUUCUGCUCUUACGGCUUUUCAUUCCGCUUCUGCUCUUUCUGCUCAUUCGGCUGUGUCUGAUGCUGGCACGGUUGCCUCUUCAGCUGCUUCCGCAGCAGAUGAAUCUGCCAGUGGUGCAUCAGCAGGCUCUGCUGCUGUAGCUGGGCCAGCAGCAAUGGCGGAUGCGGCAGCAGCAGAGCCGGUGGGUUCAGUGGCAGCUGAAAUGCAAGCGGCAGUUCCCUCUGUGGAAACGGCGAGGGAAGAGGAGGAAGUGAUCGAAGAGGAGGGUGCCGGCACACGGACGAGUGCCGUCCGGAGCGGUGAGAUAGGCGAGAAGGACAAAGAGGAAAUAGCGGAGGUGGAGGAGAAACCGGAAGAAGCGGAUGAGGAAGAGGAGGAAGAAGAGGAAGAGGAAGAGGAAGAGGAGGAGGUGGUGGAGGGGGAUGAAAUGCAGUGGGAGGAGAAGGAAGGUGAAGGCAGGGGUAUGGGGAACGACGACUGUGCUGCAGUAUCAGCAGCAGCCCUGGCGGAACCAGCAGCACGAUCACCAUCAGCAGCAGCAGCAGCAGCAGCAGAAGCAGUAGCAGAAGCAGAAGGCGAAAAAGCGGCACCUGUUGCAGCAGCAGCAGCAGUGGAGCAAUCAUCGGUCCCGCUCGUCCGAAUCCGCUUUGAGGGCAUUGAGAGAGGCCCGCCCGCCGUGGGCCUACUAGAAGUCGACGCCGUGCCGCCCCUCUGCGCCGAGCUGGCACCCGCUGACAUCACUCCCGACCGAACCGACUCAGCAGGUCCGGGACAACCCGAAGCAGGCUUCCGGACCAAUUCGCGGUCCGCCACAGCAGUGGCAGUGCACGAGUUGCUGGUGGCAGUGGGGACGGCAGGAGGGAAGGUGCUCCUCAUGCCUGUGUUACAACCGGUCCUGCAAGGUUCCCCUUUCCCCCAUCAGUUCACCCCUGCUUCUGCUCCUGCCCGGAUCACAGAGCUAAUUCCCCCUCUGUCCGCCUUUGCCAGUUCCCCAAUGAGGCAGGGCGGCUCCUCAGUGUCUGUGCUGGCGUUCUCCCCAGCAGCUGAUCUGCUCGCAGCAGGGCUGGCAUCCGGGGCAGUAGUGCUAUGGGAUAUCUCCUCCCUCCGCCCACGCUUCCCUGCUUCUUCUUCGUCUUCUGCUGCUGCUGGUGCUGGUGGUGCUGGUGGCGGUGAGGCGAGAGGGGGAAGGAAGGGUGGGGGGAGGGCGGGGAUGGCGGGUGGGGGAGGUGUGGGGGGGCUGGGGAGUGCGUUGGGGGGUUUGGUGGCUCCGGUGGUGAAGGUUGUGUGGGAGCACACUGCUGCUGUCGUGCACGCUGGCUUUGCUGCCUCGGGAUAUCCCGCUUCUGCUGCUCGUGCUAUCGCUACCAGUGGUGCUGGUGCUGCUUCUGGUGCUGCUUCUGGUGGUGUGAGCGGUGGUGUCGGUGGUGGUGGUGCUGCUGCCACUGGUCCUGGGAAACGGGGAAUCGGGGGAGGAGGAGGAGGAGGAGGAGGAGGAGGAGGAGGAGGAGGAGGAGGAGGAGGAGGAGGAGGAGGAGGAGGAGGAGGAGGAGGAGGAGGAGGAGGAGGAGGCGGGGAGGGAAGAGGAGGAGGGGGGGAGAGCAUGGGGAGUGAUUUUGGGGCGGGGCUGGUGAGUGGGGCGACGAGCCUCAUGAGCGGGGCAGCAGGGGGGCUCAUGGGGGGAGCAGCAACGAGGAGCUACGAGGUGGUGACGGGGGAUGCGAUGGAGUUUGUGGUGCUGCACUCCGUCACCUAUUUCCCUUUCCUACGUACCAUGAACGUUACUUCCAGAAAGAUUGGUGGUCGCUGUCUGUUGCUCUCCGCCUGGUUACCAGGUCCCAUCCACCCUUCCCAGCCUGCUACCACCAGCUCCGUACCAGCCUCCCAAGCCUACCAGCCAGGUUCGGCAGGGCCAGCGCAGCAGAUUGCACUUCCAGGCUCCGGAAAGAGCAUUGGUGUGGCAGCCGAAACAAGACAAGGAGGGGGAGAAGGAGCGGGAGGGGAGAAGGGGGAGGGGAUAGCGGAGGAGAUGACAACGGGAGAAGUGAUGAUGGUGACAGACAAAGUGCUGCUGCUGGUCCAACCCAAGUUCUCCCCCAUAUACAUGCCCGACUUGCUGCCCUAUGCCCUUCAUCUCAACUGCACGGACCUGGCCUAUGCUGCUUGUGUUGCGCCCCUCCCCUCCCUCUCCAACAACCCAUCCACAGCAGCAAGGGGGGGAGCAGGGGGGGCAGCCACAGGAGCAGCAGCGCGGGGGCCGUGGGUGCAGGAGAAGGUGUUUGCGUUGGGGUGGGGGCGGGUGGUGCUGGUGGUGAGUGUGUUUGGGCGGAGCAUGGAGGUCAUUCACCGCUGGGACGUGCACUCCACUGUUGCUGGCCUAGCGUGGCUGGACCACCAGGUUCUCCUCAUCCUCACAGCCUCGGAGCAUUUUUGUCUUUUCUCGCUGGGCGGCCAGCCAAUCAAGUGCCAGCCCUUGCUACACUACGAAUCGGACUCAGAUUACAGCAGCUACAGUGCCGCCGGCCACGGCCGUUUCGGCCUGGUCUUCCACCCUUUUUUGUCUCGCAGCGGUCGCCCGAUCCCCUCGUUCCAGAACAGCGUCGCUGCCUGGAGCAGCGGGGCGGCGGCGUUUGUCCUCUUGCAAGGGGGCGGCAUGGUGGUGCGGGCGCACUUACUGUCUUGGAAGGAGAGAAUCAAAUCUCUGGAAGCGGCCGGCGACUGGAUGAAUGCGCUGCACACUGCAAUGGAAAUUUACCAGGGGAGGGCGGUGGGCGUAACAGGGUUACCAUGCGACCCGGAGGAGCUAGCAGCCGAAAUGGGAGCUCUCCUCUUAGCAUACAUUGAGCAGGUGAUGCAAGCAUUGGUGGAGCAUUACAGUGAGAGGGGAUGGCUGUCACGCGUGCAGCAGUGUGUGCUUCACAUGGACAUUGCCUCGCUUGACAUCAACCAGGUGGCGCGCCUGUGUCGUCAGCACAGCCUGCACUCUGCCCUCAUCUACCUCUUCACAUGGGCACCCAUGUUUGCGUCUCCCUUUCUCUCCGCCCUCCUUUCCCCAAUCUACCGCUUGCUGCUCUUCCUCAAGCUCACCUUUUCUGGCCUCAACUUCCCUCCAGGCAGCGGCGCCAUCUCCCCGUCUCUCCUGCCCUCAGCACAAGCCGAACUCCUCAACUUUCUCCUCAAACCCCACCGCCCACCCCACCACCGCCCCUCCUCGCUCUCCCCCUCCUCCCACGCCCUCCUCUGCUCGCCCCUCGCUCGGCUCCUCUCCUUCGAUCCCCGCGCCACUCUGUCUGUAUUGCGCGUGAUUCUCCGCUCUGUGUCCAUACUGGAUCAGCCACAAACGAGUACAGAGCAGCCCAUAAUGAGCGAGGAUUCGACGCUGGUGAAUGGUAGGGGUGCGGGUGCAGCUUAUAACGAGGAUGCUACUGUAGAUCCAGCCGCUGGUGGUAGACUUGUUUACACUUUACUAGAAAUAGUGCGCUCCUGGUGCGAGGCUGGAGAUGCAAUAAGGAGUAACGAGGACUCCAAUAAGGGAGCAAGCGUCGCUGUAGCUGUAGGGUUACCACCACCAGCAGCGAAACUUACAAGCUCUAGAGUGGCCUCUACAGCAGCAGCAGGUUCGGAAGCAGGUUCGGAGCAAGGCUCGGAUGUAGGUCUGGGACUAGGCUUGGGCAUAGAUAGGCUCGGGGAUGCAGCAGGCAGGGUGCUAGAGCUGGUGGCAGAGGCAGCAGCCGCAGGGAGAGUAGAACUAGACAGGCUCUCCCUCAUCACCAUCUUCGUUUAUCUCACAUCCGCUACUGUCUCAUUUGAUCUGCACGCCCUGCCCACUUCCUCUGCCACUGCUGCCGAUUCCACUGCUGGUGCUGGUGCUGGUGCUCCUGCUGCGAGUAAGGGAGCUGUACAGAAGCAGCAUUCCUCCUCCUCCCCAUCGUCACCCCCCUCUCGCCCCUCGCUCGCUCUCCCCUCCCCCUCUGUGAGGCGGGCUCAGAGGGAGGAGCGGAUGGAGGGGCUGGUGACGGCACUACCGGGCUCCUGUGGUGUUGAUUUCAACGCUCUUUUGCCCUUGGCGCUGCAAGCUGGGUUUCACCAGGUGAGGGUGGGUGGGGAGGUGAGGAGCGAUGGGGCAAGAGAAAGAGGGGAUGAGAGACAGGGUGAUGGAGGGGAGCAGAUGGAGGGGCUGGUGAUGGCUCAAAAGGCUCCUGCGGGAGGAGGUGAAGGGGGCGACAGACAGGGUGCUGAGGGGAAACUGAUGGAGGGGCUGGUGAUGGCUCUGCCGGACUCCUGUGGGGUGGAAUUUAACGCCCUCCUGCCCUUGUCUCUUCAAGCUGGGUUUCACCAGCUGGGUUCCACCAGGUGUGUGCGCGUCUCUUCAUGCGCACACACGGCAUGCUUGGCAUUCACCAAGCGCUCUCCUCCCCCCCCUCUGACUAGUCACAUGCCAACUUCCCUCUCCCCACUUUCCUCCCCUCACCCUUCCAACCAGGUGUGUGCGCGUCUCUUCAUGCGAACACACGGCAUGCUUGGCAUUCACCAAGCGCUCUCCUCGCUCCUCACAGACACCCACCACCCUGACAUGCCCUUUCGCCUCAUCCAAAAGGCAGCUCUCGCUCUUACCCGUAGGCACGGGGUGGUGGGUGGGGAGGAGGGUGCUGCGCUGCGAUUGGCCGUCAGGCGCCACCUGGCGCAGCUGGUGCGGCUGGACGGCAGCACUUGUCUGUAUGUGGCGCUGGGGCUGCUGCGACUGGAUCUAGAUUUGAUUGUGAGUCAGCAGAGUGCGCCUCCGCAGGCGCCACGUCAGCAGGCGGGGGGAGAGCCAGUCCUGAACUGCCACAUCAGCGCUGCGGCGCGGGUGCUGCUGGAGCGAAUGGGGUUGGUUUAUGAGGCGCUGGCGCUGCUGCUGGUGGAAUUGCACUGCUGCCUGCGCGCUCUGGAUUGGAGGGUUGCUGGGAUGAUGAUGAGGGCGAGGAGGAGCAAGAGGAGGAUGGAGGUCUUGGGGAGGACUAUAGCGGGGACAACUGCUGAGGGGUUUGAGAGUGAGGUUGAGAGGAGGGGCGAGAUUGAGGUGGGGAUGAGGGGAGAGAGUGAAAGUGGAAGCGAAAUGAGGGCUGACAUGAGGGGAAGGUCGGGUUUGGAGCAAGGAAAGGAGGACGGGAAGAGGAGGAGGAAGCGGAUGAGGAAGAAGGAGAGUGGCGGGUUGAUGACACGAGUGCUGCAGAUGGAAGAGUGCUACUGGCCAUACAGCACGAGGCACUGGCUCUCUGUGCACGCAGCACAGGCAGGCUGCCGCACUGGCAGUGCCGUGCCAUGUGGCGGACUCUCCUUGACUGGUGGGUGGCAGGGUUGCCGCACUGGCAGUGCUGUGCCAUGCCAUGUGGGGAACCUUUCACGACCGGUAAGUGCUGUGCUGUGUGAUCGUGGGAGAGGGAUUGACGGGAGUGGAAGAGAUGAAGAAUUGGAGGUGUUACAGUGUGGUGGUGCUAGCAGCAGGUGUAUGUGUGCCGCAUGUGCACUAGCACAUGCGGCUGCCCCACUGGCAGUGCCGUGUCAUGUGGGGGAUGCUGCUGGACUAGUGGCUGUGACUGCUGGGAGUGUGUGUGAUGAGAGUGGGAGUGAUGAGAGUGGGAGGGAUGAAGCGCAGUGGUGGCAUUUCGGUGUGAUGGUGCUAGCAGCAGCUUCUGUGCUAGGAGCACACGCAGGUUGCCGCACUGGCAGUGCCGUGCCAUGUGGCGAACGCUGCUUGAAUGGUGGGUUACUGGCCCUCCCCAUCCCAUCUGCGCCACCAGCCAUCCCACCACCACAUCCCUCCCCAUCACACACACCCCCCAACCGCUGGCACUCGCUCUACUCACACCUCCUUACAGUCACAGGGGCGUCUGGCGCAGCAGCGGCAGGCAGGAGCGGGGUGCAGUUCCCUGCAGGAGAGAUGGCAGGGAUGGUUCCUCUGCCAGUCAUUUCUGCCUGGCUUCUUGGUGCUGGCGAGAGGCAGAGAGACGGGGAAGGGGAGCGAGGACUCAUGAAAAGAGGCGAGGAAGGAGGGAGAGAUCUACUGCAGGCAAAGAUUUCUCACGACUCUCAAAAAGCAUCCCUAAGGGAUACAGGGGUGAGCGGCGGCUGGGGUAUGGGGUCGGACGAAGGAGGUGCGAGGAUGGGCGGAGGCAGGAGGGAGGGGGUAUCGAGGACAGCAGGGGACGUGGUAGGAGGGCUUCUGGAGAUUUUAAGCUGGGCAGGGUCGGAUCAGCAGCUAUUGGCUGCUGCUUCCCGGGCAGCCAAUACAGAUUCCUUCUCCCACUGCUCCUCCCUGCUCUCCCUUCUUCAGCACCCCACCCACCCCUCCUCCCGCUCCUGCCGCCUCUGCUCCACUGCCCUGUACGCCCCAGCUUCAACUGCUAGAGGAGCAGCAGCAGCACCACCACCAUCCCCGCUGCUACUACCACGAUUGCCAGCCACAGCAGCUGCAGCAGCAGCAGCGUUAUCAGCCGCAGCUGCAGCCGCCGCAGCAGCAGCAGCAGCAGCAGGGAAAAGAUCAGCAGCAGCGGGUGCACCAGUGGAGGUGUUUUUAUGUGGGCAUGGGUUUCACAGGGAGUGCUUGCAGCGGCGCCACCACGACAGCUUCUUCUUUCCACCUGCCCACCAGUGCCCUGCCUGCGGCGCCUCUGCCACCCGCCUUGCCCCCUCGCACCUCUCCUCUCCCGCUGCUCCUCCUGCUGCCAAUGCCGCCUCUUCUGCUGCUCAUGCCGCCACUUCUGGUGCUCUAGGAGUGGGUGGGGGCAGUGGGUUGGCUGCUGCUCUGCUGGAGGCACCAGAGGAGAGGGAUGGAGGGAUGCGAGGGGCAGGAGGGGCGUCGGUAGCACCGUCGGCUGCGGCUGGUGGGACCUCUGCUGCAGCAUCCUCUUUGUCCUCAUCCUCGAUAUGCGCAAGGCUUCUCACACUAGAAGCAUCCAGGAAACAGCAGCAACAAGACGAGUCGUGCCGGCUGAAACGGAUUAAGAACACUCCCGACGCGAUUCGGGAGAUGAUGAAGGAUAAGUGCGAGGAGGAGGCGGAGAAAGCGGAGGUAGUGGAGGAUGCCGAAGCGGAUAAGCUCAACGAAGAGAUAUACUCGCACACGCGCGAAGCUGUUGAGAAGGUCGCACUCGAAGACGAAGCCGCGAAAUCCGCCGCGAAAUCCGCCGCGAAAUCCACCGCGAAGUCCGCGGAACCUUCCGAAGCCGCGGUGGCGGCGGCAGCGGAAAAACGGGAGAAGCGGGAGGUGAAGGAGGAGGAGCUGUAUGUGGCUCUUGAGGUGUCGACCGACGCGACGUCCGCGGAGAUCAAGAAGGCGUACUUUAAGGUGCGUGAUGGUGUAAGGGAGGGAGGGAGAUUUGAGCUAGCGCAUACGUUCCAUCCCGACAAGGUCCCUGACGACGAAGCCGCCAAGGCCAAGUUCCAAGCCAUCGGCGAGGCGUACCAAGUCCUCAUGGACCCCGAGUCGCGCGAGAAGUACGACCGUUACGGCCGCACCGCGCUCGACGGGACCUUUAUGGAUCCCGGAUAUUUCUUCACCAUGUCCUUCGGCGCGGAGAAGUUCAAGCCGCUUGUCGGGGAGCUCACUACCGCGGACACGGCGGGGGGGAAUCCAACGGUGGAGGAGGUGAAGAGGUGGCAGACGAAGAGAGAGAAGGAGCUCGCGGCGAUUCUGCUCAAGCGGCUGGGGCCGUGGAUGUCAGGCGACGAAGAAGGGUUUGUGCGCGACGUCGUGAAGCAGGUGGAUGAGCUCAAGGGCGAGGCGUUUGGCGUCGCGUUCCUGCAGUGUAUCGGCUAUACCUACUACACGAGCGCGCAAGUGCCGCCGGGCAUGACGGUGAUGCUGGGCAUUCCGAACUUCGUGAAUGCGGCCAAGGAGUCCAACCACGCGAUGAAGACUCGCCACAACGCCAUCGGCGCUGCGUUCAAGCUGGCGGACAUGCAAGUCACGCUGGACCCCACCAAGCUUCCCAGCGAGCAAUAG